AUGUCCACUUCUGAAGUCAUAUAUAACGAAGAAGAUUUGAGGAAACUCAUCACUUCAUUCCGUGAAAGUUUAGAAUUAUACCUUAAAGCUUUAAGUUCCAAAGAAUCUAUUGAUAAAAUUGAAUCAUCAAAUGUUGAAGAUCCUUCAAAAGAAAUAAUCAAAAUUAGUGAUUUAUUAUUUGCACAUGCUACAAAAUUAGGUAUAGUUUUCAAACCAAAAGUUUCUUUUAAUGCAGCAUAUAAACAAUUAAGUGAAACUUCAUCAUUAUUUUUAUUUUUAUUAAGUUUAAUACCACAAAUUGAUCCAAAUAAAUAUAGUUUAAUCUUUACAAAUGAAUUAAUUGAUCAAAUUAAAAAAAUUAUAUCAUCACAAAUUAAUUUCUUGAAUGAAGUUGAUGUUUUAGAUUUUAAUACCCCAUUAGAAGAAACUGAAUUUGGUGAAAAAACUGAAGGUAGAUUAUUAUCAGUUGGUGUUAUUUGGGAUAAUUGUAAAGCAUUGAAAUCAUUAAUACAAGGUGGGAAAUUAAAAUUAUUAGAAAAUAGAUUAAAAGGUUCAAUUGGACUUGUUGAUGAUGCUAUUGAAGAAUUUACUGAAUGGUUAGAAAAUCCUUCAAUUAUAGAUGAUGAAGAUCCUUUUGGAUUAGGUGAUGAUUUUACAGAUGAAGAAGAUGAAGAUGAAGAAACAAAUAAAGAAGUAUUAAAAGAUAUAGAUCCUCAAAUUAUAGAAUUUGGUGAAGUUUGGAAUACAAAGAUUAAAAUGAUUAGAUUAUUAAUAUCAUCAUUAAAUAAAUCACUACCGUCAAAUGAUGAAUUAAUAACUGGUAAAGAAGCUGAUGAAUUUAAUAAACAACAAAAUGGAUUAAUUGAACAAAUUGAUGAUUUAUUUUCCACAAUUUAUAUAAAUGGUUCAUUAUUUGAAAUCAAAAAAAUUGGUAAAAAUAUUGAAAAACAAUGUUUAGAAAUUAUUAAAUUUGUGGAAAAUUUAAAUAAAAAUGAUGAAAAAAAAACUAAAUGGUUAAAUAUUUGGAAAGAAAAAUUCUUACAAUAA